CCGAGGUCAUGGUCGGUGGCGCGAGUCCGUGAUCCACGUUACGGGGGAAAAGGGGAAUGUGGGUCCUCCUGCGCGGGGGGCACCCCCUCCGCGUCCUGCUGCCCCUGCGCUGCGAGUGGAUGGGGCGCAGGGGCCUGCCCAGAAGCCUGGGCCCGGGCCCUCCUCGCCGACGCUACCGGAAGGAAGCCCUCCCGGCCCUGGAUGGCCCCGCGCUGCCCGUCACGACCACCGAGAUCCGCCAGUACUUGCGGGCCCACGGCAUCCCCUUCCAGGACGGCCACAGCUGCCUGCGAGCGCCCAGCCCCUUCGUCGGGGACGCCCAGCAUCAGGACCAGGCCGCGGCGCCCGCCUCCUCCAGCCUCUUCAUCGACAAGACCACGGGCCGCUUCCUCUGCAUGAUCAGCCUCGCCGAGGGGAGCUGGGAGGACUUCCAGGCCAGUGUGGAGGGCCGCGGGGAUGGGGCCAGAGAGGGGCUCCUGCUCGGCGAGUCCCCUGCCGCCCAGGACAGUGAGGAGGUCCUGAGGAUUUGGGAGCGGGCCGUGCCCCUCUGGGACCUGCCUGAACAGGAGGAGGCCCAGCUGGCCCGUGUGAUGUUUGGCCUCACCAAAGUGACAGAUGACACGCUCAGGCGCUUCAGCGUGCGCUACCUGCGAGCAGCGCGCAGCCUCGUCUUCCCCUGGUUCUCCCCGGGAAGCAUGAGACUACGGGGUCUGAAGCUCCUGGGAGCUGAGAGCCAGGGGGAGGCGGUGCGCUACGUGGAAACCACCAUUCCACGGCCCGGUGCCUACCGCAACCUGUUUGGGUUGCCGCUAAUUGGUCGUCGGGAUGUGGAGCUGGUCCUUACCAGUGGUGAGCUGGAUAGCCUAGCCCUGAGUCAGUCCACAGGCCUGCCCACCUUGGCCCUCCCCCGAGGCACCGCCUGCUUGCCCCCAGCCCUGCUCCCGUACCUCGAGCAGUUCCGAAGGAUUGUGCUCUGGCUGGGGGAUGACCUUCGGUCCUGGGAAGCUGCCAAACUGUUUGCCCGAAAACUAAACCCCAAGCGAUGCUCAUUGGUGCGCCCUGGAGACCAGCAGCCUCGUCCCCUGGAAGCCCUGAACCAAGGCUUAAAUCUUACCCGCAUCCUGCGCACGGCGCUGCCCGCUUGGCACAAGUCCAUCGUGUCUUUCCGCCAGCUUCGCGAGGAGGUGCUAGGAGAACUGUCCAACGUGGAGCAGGCAGCGGGCAUCCGCUGGAGUCGCUUCCCAGACCUCAACCGUCUCCUGAAGGGUCAUCGAAAGGGCGAGCUGACAGUCUUCACAGGGCCAACGGGCAGUGGAAAGACCACAUUCAUCAGUGAGUAUGCCCUGGAUUUGUGUACCCAGGGGGUGAACACGCUGUGGGGGAGCUUUGAGAUCAGCAACGUGAGACUAGCUCGGGUCAUGCUGACCCAGUUUGCUGUGGGGCGACUGGAAGAACAGCUGGACAAAUACGAUGAGUGGGCCGACCGCUUUGAGGACCUGCCCCUGUAUUUCAUGACUUUUCAUGGACAGCAGAGCAUCAGGACAGUAAUAGACACAAUGCAACAUGCAGUCUACGUUUAUGACAUUUGUCAUGUGGUCAUCGAUAAUCUGCAAUUUAUGAUGGGUCACGAGCAGCUGUCUUCAGACAGGAUUGCAGCUCAAGACUACAUCGUGGGGGCCUUUCGGAAAUUUGCGACAGACAAUAACUGCCAUGUGACACUGGUCAUUCAUCCCCGGAAGGAGGAUGACGAUAAGGAGCUGCAGACAGCAUCCAUAUUUGGCUCAGCCAAAGCAAGCCAGGAAGCGGACAAUGUUCUGAUCCUCCAGGACAGGAAACUGGUCACUGGGCCAGGGAAACGGUAUCUACAAGUGUCCAAGAACCGCUUUGAUGGAGACGUGGGUGUCUUCCCACUUGAGUUCAACAAGAGCUCUCUCACCUUCUCUAUACCCCCAAAGAGCAAGGCCCGACUCAAGAAGAUCAAGGAUGACAAUGGGCUGGUGACCAAAAAGCCCUCUGCUGGCAAAAAAGGUGCCGCGUCCCAGAACUCUGAGGCUGGCUCUAGCCCGGCUCCAAACCCCUACUAGCCAAUCUCCUCCAGGCCUUCACGGUGAAGGCAGUGCAGAGCUGCACACUGAUACGAGCCUGGCAGCCGAGGCUGGGGCAUGGCCUUUGUCUUGGCUGAUUUGGCCACUUCUGUUAUGUGGCCCCGAGCUAGGACUCAGCGUAGGGCAGGUUCUGCAGUAGAAAAUUCAAUGACAGAAUUUAAUACUGUGUGCCAGGCAUUGUUCUAAUAUCUUGGGAAUACAACAUUGGCAAGACCAGUGAGAACCUGCUGCCUUGGAACCUGCAGUCUUUGGUUCCAUGGACAUUUGUUCAAGCAAAUGAAAACAUUUAAGUUUCAGAGAGUAAAGAAUGUUAUCAAGAAAAACAGCCUUGCUCGUGGACCAAAUUAGACUAAAGUCUGAAAAGAUGUCCGAGCAGAGACUGUUUAAGCAGGAGCUAAGGAACUACAUCUGGGCCACGUAGACAUCAGAUGAAAGAGAUGCAGAGACUUCAGGAAUUACAGAGGCCUGAGCUGGGAACAAGCAAGUUGAAGGCAGAAGGAGCAGGCACCCUGAGGCUGGAGGAGGAUGGAGAACUUUCUGCCCAAACUAGGGGGCUAGAGAGAAGGUAGACCGGGUAGGGCACUUGCCUGGCACGAAGCCAACCCAGGUUGGACCCCGGCAUCCCAUAUGAUUCCUAAUGCACCGUCAGGAGUAAUUCCUUAGUGCAGAGCCAGGAGUAACCCGAGUAUUGCCGGGUAUGGCCCCCAAAAUUAGGCUUUCAGACCCAGAGGGUGAGAUGGUGCUACCAGGCUCCUCCGCUCCCUUCCCGGGAGCCUGCCUUAUACUUAGCAAUCCAACCCUUGGUGCUCGGCCCGGUGAUAGCAGGGCCCCAAAGAUGGGAGGCUGGGUUGAGAGCCAUGGAAGGCAGUUGUCACACCAGAGUGCCUGCCGCUGGGCCCCCCGUUCAUUGGAUGCUGCCUCCAUUGCCCAGCUGUGAGCAGUUAAGCGUUUAUAAAGAGCCUUUUCCUGUUUUACUGAAGAAAAACAUUUUCC